AUGUGGGGAGGGACAGGGGGUGGGAACAGCCCUGGGAGCCGAGGCGCGGCGUGGGAUGAUGAAGAUGUCUUUCUCUGUGGGAAGUGUAAGAAGCAGUUCAACUCACUGCCAGCAUUCAUGACCCACAAGCGGGAACAGUGCCAGGGGAGUGCCCCGCCCUUGGCCACAGUCUCACUGGCCACCAACAACAUCUAUACCCCUUCAGCAGCGCCCACAGCGGUUCAGCAGGCCCCGCCUCCUGCCAAUCGUCAGAUCUCCACAUACAUCACAGUGCCCCCAUCCCCGCUGAUCCAGACCUUGGUGCAGGGGAACAUCUUGGUGAGCGAUGAUGUGCUCAUGUCUGCCAUGUCGGCCUUCACGUCCCUGGACCAGCCUAUGCCCCAGGGCCCCCCACCUGUGCAGGUGCCCAGCCAGUGUGUGGAGGCUCCAGUGUACACCACCCCUCCAGUGUACAGCCCUGGCAAACAGGGAUUCAAACCGAAAGGACCAAACUCCACUGUCCCCAUGACCAGCACCACUGGGGGCACAGUGGCCACCUUUGACUCUCCACCAACACUGAAGACCCGACGGAUCAAAGGUGGCAGUGGACUCCCGGAAGCUGCAGGGAAGCCAAAGGCUCAGAAACUCAAGUGCUCAUACUGUGACAAGUCGUUCACCAAAAAUUUCGACCUGCAGCAGCAUAUCCGAAGCCACACCGGUGAGAAGCCAUUCCAGUGCAUCGCGUGUGGCCGUGCCUUUGCCCAGAAGUCUAAUGUCAAGAAACACAUGCAGACCCACAAGGUGUGGCCCCCAGGGCGCAGUGGUGGCACUGUCUCCCGGAACUCUGUAACCGUGCAGGUCAUGGCCCUGAACCCCAGCAGGCAGGAGGAUGAGGAAAGCACAGGGUUAGGCCAGACCCUGUCCAGCAUUCCUCAGGCCCAGGCCUUGCCCACAGCAGGCGAGGCUGAAGGGGACAAGCUGGAGACCAAACGGGUGGUACUCAUCGAUAGCUCCUACCUGUGCCAGUUCUGCCCCAGCAAGUUCAGCACCUAUUUCCAGCUCAAGUCUCACAUGACCCAGCAUAAAAAUGAACAGGUAUACAAAUGUGUGGUCAAGAGCUGCGCCCAGACAUUCCCGAAGCUCGACACAUUUCUGGAGCACAUCAAAAGCCACCAGGAGGAGCUGAGCUACCGCUGCCACCUCUGUGGCAAGGACUUCCCCUCACUCUAUGACCUGGGUGUGCACCAGUACUCCCAUAGCCUCCUGCCGCAGCACAGUCCCAAGAAGGACAGCGCCAUCUACAAGUAUGUGUUCCCCCACCUCCCAAUCCCCUGGCAGGAAGGUGAGAAGCCCUACAAAUGCUCAGUGUGUGAGUCUGCAUUCAAUCGCAAGGACAAACUGAAGAGACACAUGUUGAUCCAUGAGCCAUUCAAGAAAUACAAAUGCCCCUUCUCGACACACACGGGCUGCAGUAAGGAGUUCAAUCGGCCAGACAAGCUGAAGGCCCACAUCCUCUCUCACUCUGGAAUGAAGCUCCACAAGUGCACCGUGUGCAGCAAGUCCUUUAGCCGCCGCGCCCACCUUGCUGAGCACCAGCAUGCCCACACAGGCAACUACAAGUUCCGCUGUGCUGGCUGCGCCAAGGGCUUUUCCCGCCACAAGUACCUCAAGGAUCACCGCUGCCGCCUCGGCCCUCAAAAAGACAAGGACCUGCAAACCCGGCGGGUCCCCCGAAGGAGGGCAGCCCCCCGCAGUGGUGAGCACAAGAUGGACACCUCUCUGCCUGACCCGCUGGGGCUGGAGGAACUGAAGGACACAGGGGCAGCAGUGCCCGAGGCCACCCCAGGCAAGCCACCCUUUGCUGAGCCAGAUGCUGUACUGUCCAUCGUGGUGGGUGGUACUGUGGGUGAGGACCCUGAGCUGGUGGUGCCAGGGCAUGCCGAGGGGCUGGGCUCCAACCUGGCGCUUGCAGAACUGCAGACAGGAGCUGAGGGCCCGUGUGCCAUGCUUGCGGUACCCGUCUACAUCCGGGCAUCAGAGUGA